CCUUAGUUCUCCUUCAGCCGCCACCCGAACCAAUACAACAAAGAUCGCUUUAGAUAACGCUUUUGUUUUACAGAAUUGCUAGAAAGUUGAUCAUGUGUUGAAUUCAGAUAUGAGAGAAAUUUCUUAGUGGCACAAUCCUUUUGGCCCCCAUGCUUGCCUAGGUAGAAAUUCAAGUUGAAAACCUCGAGAAGAGCAAUCUAUAUAACAAACAGUUGAUGAGAUCUCUUCCACGAUCCAUCAAAAGCUUAUUUGACAAGCAAAAACUCCUUCACAGGAUUUUUUUUUUUCAGGUAGCAAACAACUGAGAUAGCAAGAUUGCAACAAGAUGGAUUUUAGCAUAAACAAGCUCUCAACCCCAAUCACCUUAGAGAUCAACCAAUGCAAGCUGCUAACAUUCAUUGAUCAGAAUAGGAGUGAGUUACCUGGUGGGAUUCCACCUAAGAUUAGAGGUAUACGAAUCUUCGAUCAACUGAAUCUAUUGAGGAAUAUGAAAGAUCAUUUUGUAGGGAGCAUUCCUAUGUCUUUUUUUGCAGUGGCGGCACUAGAUGGAGGGUUGGGUUGCCGAUUAAGGAAGAGAGAGAGUUCCGACGGCGCACCAGUAACGGUGGACGCUGGACGGUGAUAAGUUGUGAGAGCCUGAGAGGAGAGAGAAGGCAGGGAGAGAGCGAAGGAAAGUGAGGGGAAAAGGACUUUCGAGUCCAGACAAGAAAAGGGAUUGGGAUUUGGGCGGAUUUUACCAACGUCCGUUAAACCUGGACUCCAUUACUCUUGAAACUUAUAAGUGACGUGGUGCUUUCUUAUUCGUGGAUGUAGAAAAUUUUCUGAAUCCCGGAUGCAGAAGAUGUGAACUCAAAAUUACCCUACUCAUUUUCAUAAUCUUAUGGUUUGUGGAGAGUGGAUACGUCAUAUAAACCACCAAUUCUCUCCAUUUCAAUCACCAUCUAUUUUCAACACGAUGGCACCAUCACCACCACUCAAACCCAUGUCAUCGUUGUAUCAUGAUCAUCAAUUGCACCAUAAAUUAGAAUUGGUGCUUGGCAAAGUUUUCAGAUUUUCUCUUCUUCACUCCUCUUCUCGUUGCCUUCUUCAAUCACAUAAACGCGUGAUUGAGAUGACGUCUUCGCUGUUUCCACUAGGGUUGUGGAGACCAGCUGAUCAACUCCACCUAUUUCCUCCUCCAUGAUACUGGAGUGGUGAUUCCGGUCCUCUUUCAAAUGGAGAGCGGGAAUGCGACCACUGCAACUCUUGGUCUCAUACUGGAGAGUCGUGCUUCGUUUCAUGCAUUUGGAGCCAGGGUGAGAUAGCUUGGGGUUUAUUGUUGGACUUCACCAUGAAUAUGGUGUGGUUUCUACUCCAUCUAGUCUGUUAUUUUGUGGCACUCUCCUAUGGGGUCUAUACGAAUGCUUCUUCAAGACCAGCCUAUGUGAACAUUGGAGCUAUUUUGAGUUUCAACUCUACCAUCGGUAAGGUAGCGAAAAUUGCAAUAGAAGCCGCAGUCGAAGAUGUCAAUUCCAAUUCCGCUGUUCUUGGYGGAACCAAGCUGGUCCUUACCAUGCAGGAUACCCGCUAUAGUGGAUUUCUUGGCAUUCUUGAGGCUCUAAAAUUCAUGGAGACUGAUACUGUGGCCAUAGUUGGUCCCCAAUCUUCUGUUAUAACUCAUAUAAUCUCACAUGUUGCAAAUGAACUCCAAGUCCCCCUUGUAUCAUUUGCAGCAACAGACCCCACCCUGUCUUCACUUCAAUACCCCUUCUUUGUCAGGGCUGUACMGAAUGAUCUGUUCCAGAUGGCUGCAGUCGCAGAGGUAGUUGACUAUUACGGUUGGAAAGAGGUAACUGCAGUCUUCGUUGAUGACGACCAUGGGAGAAAUGGGGUAGCUGCAUUAGGGGAUAAACUUGCUGAGAGGCGUUGUAAGAUAUCGUAUAAAGCUGCUUUGAACCCGCAAGUGAGCCGGAAUGAUAUAACAGAUGUACUGCUURAGGUGACAUUAAUGGAACCGCGCGUCAUUAUUCUGCAUGCUUAUGCUGAUUGGGGUCUYCAGGUAUUCGACGUGGCCCACCAGCUUGGAAUGAUGGGCUCAGGAUAUGUUUGGAUAGCUACAAACUGGUUAUCUACUGUCUUAGAUACGUACUUACCCCUGCCUUCCGUCUCCUUGAACUUGGUCCAAGGAGUUCUUGCACUGCGUAUGCAUAUACCAGAAUCUGGACCAAAAAGAAACUUUGUCUCUAGGUGGAACAACCWUUCUGGCAAAAAGAGGCUAGGUGGGCAUCUUGGAUUGAAUACUUAUGGCCUCUAUGCUUAUGAUACUGUAUGGCUACUUGCUCAUGCAAUUAAUGCAUUGUUAGAUCAGGGGGGAAGUAUUUCAUUUUCUAAGGAUUCAAGGUUAAAUGAUACCAAAGGAGGGAGAAUGCAUCUUAACGCAAUGAGGAUCUUUAAUGAAGGGAAUUUGUUGCUGAAAAAAAUUUUGCAGAGCAACYUAACAGGUCUAACUGGUCCAAUCCAGUUUGAUUCAGAUAGAUCGCUUAUUCAUCCUGCAUUUGAUGUCAUUAACGUUAUAGGCACAGGGGUCCAGAGGAUUGGUUACUGGUCUAACUAUUCUGGCUUAUCAGUUGUGCCUCCGGAAAUUCUUUACACAAAGCCAGCUAAUCGAUCGACUUCAAAUCAGCAUCUUUAUGAUGUUACCUGGCCUGGACGAACAAAGACAAAACCUCGUGGAUGGGUUUUCCCAAACAAUGGAAGGCAAUUAAGAAUUGGAGUUCCUAACCGAGCCAGCUACCCUGAAUUUGUGUCACAAGUAAGAGGCUCGGAUAAGAUGAUUGGAUAUUGCAUCGAUGUCUUUAAUGCUGCUCUAAACUUGUUACCCUAUGCCGUUCCAUAUAAAUUAAUCCCUUAUGGAGAUGGUCAGAAGAACCCCAACUACAAUGAGCUUGUGAAUUUGAUCACAACUGGUUUUUUUGAUGCUGCCAUAGGUGACAUUGCAAUCGUCACAAACCGGACAAGGGUUGUAGAUUUCACACAGCCAUAUGUUGAGUCUGGGCUAGUGGUUGUGGUCCCUGCCAAGAAACUAAGCUCAAGUGCUUGGGCAUUUCUGCGGCCAUUUACUCCAAUGAUGUGGUGCAUCACAGGUAUUCUUUUCCUUCUUGUGGGAGUAGUUGUGUGGAUUUUGGAGCAUAGGAUCAAUGAUGACUUCAGGGGCCCUCCUAAGAAACAAGUUGCCACCAUUUUAUGGUUUAGCUUCUCAACCUUGUUCUCAUCACAUAGAGAGAAUACCGUCAGUGCCCUUGGACGUUUUGUGCUACUCAUUUGGUUAUUUGUGGUUCUGAUUAUCAAUUCAAGCUAUAAAGCGUAUCUGACAUCAAUUCUCACAGUUCAACAACUAUCAUCACCUAUAAAAGGAAUUGAAAGUUUGAUAGCAACCAACCAACCCAUUGGAGUCCAACAGGGUGCUUAUACUGGGAACUAUCUGAAUGAGGAGCUUAGCAUCCCCAAGUCUCGACUUGUUCCUCUUGAUUCACCAGAAGAAUAUGCUAGAGCACUCCAAGCAGGUCCCAAGAAUGGGGGUGUUGCUGCUGUGGUUGAUGAGCGUGCAUAUGUUGAACUCUUUCUUUCUAGCCGAUGCAAAUUCACUAUUGUAGGCCAAGAGUUUACCAGAAAUGGUUGGGGAUUUGCUUUCCAAAGGGACUCCCCCUUAGCCGUUGACAUGUCAACUGCCAUUCUGGCACUGUCAGAGAAUGGCGAACUUCGAAGGAUCCGUGAAAAGUGGUUGAGGAGAAGCGCUUGCAAUUCACAAGGAGAUGGCAUUGGAUCAGACCAACUUCAUCUCGAGAGCUUCCGGGGCCUCUUUCUCAUAUGCGGACUAGCUUGCAUUGUUUCCCUCCUUGUAUAUUUUAUAUCGACGGUACGCCAGUUCAGCCAACAUUCCUCUGAAGAGCCUGAGUGUUCUUCUAGAGGAGGUAGCUCGCGAUAUGGACGCAUCCAAACGUUUCUGUCAUUUAUUGAUGAAAAAGAAGAGGAAAUAAUAAAGAAGAGGUCCAAGAGAAGGCAAUCGAUAAGGUCCUUAAGUUGUAGUGAAAACAAUGAUGGAUCAACAAAUGCGUCCAGGAAAAGACACCUUGAGAUGACUUCGGACGACAAUAUCUGAGUUGGGGAUUCGCUUAGUCUGUUAGCUUUACCAGCCUCCCUCCCGGUCCCGGUGUAUAUUAAUUCAGACAUAUUGCAGCUGAUUUAGCACUAUUUUGCAGCUGAUAAUUGCUCGGGUUGUUUUUGAAACCUAUUUUUCACAUGAUAUAAUUGUAAUGUUGUCAUGCUGUAA